GCGGUCACACUGAUUUGCGGCCUUUUUGCAAAAUCUUAUUUAUUAAUUUUAUCUGAAUUAAAGGACCUGUUGGACCACUAAGUUAGCUUGACAGCAUGCCAACCAUUGGGGUAAAACGUGAUCUGCUCUUCGAGGCGCUCGGCAAGAAGUACACCGAUGAUGAAUUUCAGGAGCUGUGCUUUGCCUUCGGCCUGGAGCUGGAUGAAGUGACCACGGAGAAGCAAAUGCUGACCAAAGAGCAGGGCGAUGUGGCGGCAGCGGCGGAUGCCAGCGAGGAAAUCAUCUACAGAAUAGAUAUUCCUGCCAAUCGUUACGAUUUGCUGUGUCUGGAGGGUCUAGUCACGGGUCUCUUGGUAUUCCAGGGCAAAGUCAAGCCACCAAAGUUUGAGUUUGUGACUCCGGCACAGCGCCAGGUGCUGAAGAUUGAUCCCUCAACGGCACAGAUUAGGCCGCAUGCUGUGGCCGCGGUGCUGCGCAACGUAACCUUCACGCAAGAGUCCUACACCAGCUUCAUUGAUCUGCAGGACAAGCUGCACCAAAACAUAUGCCGCAAGCGAACCCUAGUGGCCAUCGGCACUCACGAUCUGGACACGAUCAAGGGACCCUUCAGCUAUGAAGCCCGGGCGCCGGAACAAAUCAAAUUUGUGCCCCUCAACCAAACGCAGGAGCUGAAUGGAGUUCAGCUGAUGGACUUCUAUGCGACGCAUGCCCAACUCAAGCAGUAUCUGCCCAUCAUUCGCGAUUCGCCAGUUUAUCCGGUGAUCUAUGAUGCCAAUGGCGUGGUGCUCUCACUGCCGCCCAUCAUCAAUGGCGAUCAUUCCAAGAUCUCGCUGAAGACCAAGAAUGUGUUCAUCGAAUGCACAGCCACGGAUCUGACCAAGGCCAAGGUGGUGCUGGACACCAUUGUCUGCCUCUUUUCCGAGCAUUGUGCCAAGAAAUUCACGGUAGAGCCAUGCGAUGUGGUGCAGCCCGACGGCAGCGUUGUCUCCUACCCUGAGCUUGCCGUGCGAGAGGAGCGGAUAUCGGUGAAGCGUGCCAAUGCCUACAUUGGCAUUGAUGAGCCCGCCUCGAAGUUGGCGGAUAUGCUGACCCGAAUGUACUUGGAGGCACGAGUCGAUGGAGAUUCGCUUGUUGUCAAGAUACCACCCACUCGACACGAUGUUAUACAUGCCUGCGACGUCUAUGAGGACAUUGCGAUUGCCUUUGGCUACAACAACAUCAAGAAAUCACUGCCAGCCUUCAUGCAGAUAGCCAAACAGUUUCCACUCAACAAGCUCACCGAACAACUGCGCGAACAGGUGGCCCAGGCUGGAUUUACCGAGGCCUUGACUUUUACACUCUGCUCUCGAGACGACAUUGCACGCAAGCUAAACAAGACGAUUGAAUCCCUACCAGCCGUGCACAUUGGCAAUCCCAAGACCCUGGAGUUUCAGGUUGUGCGAACCACCCUGCUGCCAGGUCUGCUCAAGACUUUGGUGGCCAAUCGCAAGAUGCCGCUGCCCCUGAAGCUCUUCGAGAUAAGCGACGCUGUUGUGGCCGAUGAGAAGACGGAGGUUGGUGCUCGCAACGAGCGUAGAUUGUGUGCCGUGAAUUGCAACAAGACCGCCGGCUUCGAGGUGGUCCACGGUCUCUUGGAUCGUGUCAUGCAACUGCUCUCUGUGCCCUGGAAGACGGCCAAUGUCGACAAGGGCUACUAUCUGGAGUCUACGGAGGAUGCCAGCUAUUUUCCUGGUCGUUGUGCCAAUAUUAUGUACGACAAUGUGGUCAUUGGCAAGAUUGGAGUCCUCCAUCCCACAGUGCUGCAGGCUUUCGAGCUAACGACACCCUGUUCGGUUGUCGAAUUUACAAUUGAACCAUUCGUUUGAGUGUCGUCAAAACUAUUUCCCUUAAUGGAGUGCCGUGUAUGAAAUGUUUACCUCUUUGUAAAAGUUCACAAAUAAAUUAUCACAAAUAAAACUAUGAAA